UCAACAUGUUGGUACAUAUACUGGCUAUCACUGCCGCUCUCAAGCAUUCUUCCUGCCGGCCGCAUCAUGAAGCUCCUAGUGUUGUGUGUGCUGGUGUGUGGUGGUGUGAGGGCCCAGGAGAACUCCACCGCCGCUGACUCUCCAGCCGACCCUCAGCCAGCUGAACCCACUCAAGAAAAUGACAAGAGGGACAAGCGACACUGGUCCUACGGUCGUCCCUACCCCAGCUUUUACAAUGAUCCCUACCCCAGCUCUUACGGUCGUCCCUACCCCAGCUCUUACAGUGGCCCCUACCCCAGCUUUUACAGUGGUCCCUACCCUCUCCCCUACCCUGAUCCAAGCCCUCUCCCCUUCCUCCGCUAUACUCCUGGGCCUUACUUCCAUGGCCCUGCCAGUUCCCCCUUCCGAGGUGGUAUAGACCCCAGGACUCGUAACCCGGAAUUAAGUGAUAGAAACAACAGAAACCGGCUGGACAGAGACUACGCCCCGUUGUACGGAGGUGGCAGCUUUGUCGGAGGUGUACCUCUGUCAGAGCUGGAGAACCUUCUCCACCGCCAAGAACUGUGGUGGCAGCACAAACAGUGGCAGAGGGACCAGCUGCGGAGAGUCCCUAAUGAGGACAACUACCGCCAAAGCUUGAUCUCGCCCAGAAGUACUGCUGGUGAAGGAGCCACAGGACCACACCAGACACCCGGCCCCUAGUGGCCCCGUGCUCGCCCCUCAGGCACUACCCUUAGCGCCUCAGUGAGUGGCCCAUCUUCCCUCCUAUACAGGAUGGCGUGGCUCCGGGACUUAGUGUAGUACUGAGGUGACGUAACAACUACUCUCCUGCUGCAGCUUGUGACACUGGUGGAGUCAAGUUAUUACAAAAAAAAGUGAAAUAUUUCUUUUAUAUUUUGAUGCCAGACACCGACCUCCCCAUAAGUUAUUGUAGCCUGAGGAAGAUAAACUGUACACCUCACUUGUAUCGCUUAAUAAACACAAUAUAAUGGAA